AUGACUUUUGCUAUGAUCUAUUUGUUGAGCUUUAAACUGCGUGAUAUACUAAUGACAAAACCGUUUGAGUUAACUUUUCGUGAAAUCGGUGAUCCGGCUCGUUUGAUACAGCUCUGUUCUAGCAUUACUAUUGGCAAGUUUACUCGUGAAACAAAAUUAUAUGAUUUGGAACAUGAUCUCUACGGAAAGCUUAUUUACAUUUUGCGAUCUUCGGAAUCAUUAAUCCGUUACACACACUACAAUAUGAAGAAUAUUAUUUAA